CUUGUUUCCACUUGUUUCUUUAAUCAUAUUUAAGGAGUGUUCAUAAGGAGAGCUCCACCUCCUUGAGCAUUUAAGCCUAGCAGUACUGGGCUAUUGCCAGUCAAGAUGUCUGCAAGAUUGAGAGAGUCAUCAACACUCCUGACACAAACUUCAGAGGAGCCUGAUGGGAUUCUGAUAGUGAAGAUGGAAGAGGAAGAACAGGCCUGUGAUCCGGACUCUAGCCUCCACUGGAGCAGCUGCUACAACCCAGAGACCUUCCGCCAGCAGUUCAGACAGUUUGGCUACCAGGAUUCACCUGGGCCCCGAGAGGCUCUAAGCCGGCUCCAGGAACUUUGUCAUCUCUGGCUAAGGCCAGAGGUGCACACCAAGGAGCAGAUUCUAGAACUGCUGGUGCUGGAGCAGUUCCUGGCCAUCCUUCCAGAAGAGCUGCAGGCCUGGGUGCAGAAGCAUCGUCCAAAGAGUGGAGAGGAAGCUGUGACUAUGCUGGAGGACGUGGAGAGAGAGCUCGAUGGGCCUGAACAGGUCUUCUUUUUUGAACGAAGAAAGGACGCGAUUGCAGAGAAGCUUGCAACUUGGGAAAUGACCGAGGAGUUACCAAGUAGCCAGCUGAAGCCUGUGAAGAAGCAGCUGCAGCGGGCCUCAGGGGAACUGCACUCCUUAAGACCAGCUGAGGAAGACACCAAAAAUAUAAAUGUAAAAUCAGCUUCGAGGCAAAAGACUUCUUCAGGCAUAGAACUGCAUCACGAUGUGUCUAACACCCUUUAUAUGAAUGCCUCCCAGAGUUCUACACAUAGAGGAACAUGUGAACAAGAUGGCAGGUUUGAAAGAAGAAAGGGAAAUCCCUCUAGAAAGAAACAACACAAGUGUGAUGAAUGUGGAAGAAUCUUUAGUCAGAGCUCAGCCCUUAUUUUACAUCGGAGAAUCCACAGUGGAGAGAAACCUUACGCAUGUGAUGAGUGCGCAAAGGCCUUCAGCCGAAGCGCAAUUCUGAUUCAGCAUCGAAGAAUCCACACUGGGGAAAAACCCUACAAGUGUCAUGAAUGUGGCAAAGCCUUUAGUCAGAGCUCAAAUCUUUUUAGACAUAAGAAAAGACACAUUAGAGAAAAAGUCCCAUCAAUAUCAUGAGGAUAUCAAAGCAUUUACACAGAGCUUUCUUAGCAUGAAAGAAGAGAGAAGGG